GUCAUCGUAAACAAAUCAAUUUUUUAAACGACAAUCAUUAAUGGAGUUAUAGGUGGAACGUUCACGCAUUUUCAUCAUCUUCGUCGCAAGAAUCUUGUUCUUUCCUCCCUCUCCGAUGAUCAUAUUCUCUUCUUUAUAGAUUUGCCCUUUUUCACCUCACGAUUUUGUUCUCAUCGACGGAAAUAAUUGCCUUGGCCCUUGGGUUUGCCGUUGUCUGGAAAACCGGUUUGGGUUUGAUGGUUAUAGCUUUUGUUCUAGUCUAGAGGAGAAAGUGCGAUUUCAACCGAUGGGAAACGCCGGAAGCAGCGUAUCGAACGCCCGGCGGAGGAGCAACAGCCAUCGGAGGGCCCACCCAUCCGCGCCUCCACCGCAGCAUCCGCAGCCGGAUGUCAGCCCUAACAUGUACGUCUUUGCGGCGGCGACGCCUUAUCCUCCGCAAUACCCUAACGCUCCGCCGUAUUACCAGUACCCAGGCUACUAUCCGCCGCCUCCUUCCUCUGUGCCGAUCACUUUGCCGGCUCCGUACGACCACCACCACCAUCGCAUGGACUCGAAUUGGGUAAACGGUCGGUACCCUUGUGGGCCCAUCGUGCCUCAGCCAACGCCUUAUGUGGAGCACCAAAAGGCCGUGACUAUACGGAAUGAUGUCAAUCUAAAAAAGGAGACGCUACGGAUCGAGCCAGAUGAGGAGAACGCCGGGAAAUACCUCGUAGCUUUCACCUUCGACGCCACCGUUGCAGGAAGCAUGACCAUCAUUUUCUUUGGACAAGAAGGUGAAGACUGCCACUUGGCCCCUGCCAAGGAAGAUCUGCUUCCACCCGUGACAGUUCAAUUCCAACAAGGUUUGGCCCAGAAGUUCAGACAGCCCUCUGGAACGGGAAUAGACCUUUCAAUUUUCGAUGAAGCUGAGUUGUCAAAGGAGGGAGAAAUGGAUGUAUAUCCCUUGGCAAUUAAGGCAGAGGCAUGCCCAGAUAACCAGAGUGAGGAAAACCCACUUUCUGGGCCUACCAAUUCUCAGAUAACCCAAGCAGUGUUUGAGAAAGAUAAAGGUGAAUAUCACCUUAGGGUGGUUAAGCAAAUCUUAUGGGUCAAUGGAAUGAGGUAUGAGUUGCAAGAGAUAUAUGGAAUUGGGAACUCCACUGAUGGAGAAAGUGAGGAAAGUGAGAAUGGGAAGGAAUGUGUCAUAUGCCUAUCUGAACCUAGGGACACUACUGUUCUUCCCUGUCGGCACAUGUGCAUGUGCAGUGGGUGUGCCAAGGUUUUGAGAUUUCAAACAAAUAGAUGUCCUAUUUGCAGACAGCCUGUGGAUCGCCUCUUGGAGAUCAAAGUCAACAAUGACACUGAGGAAUGAAACAUUUGUUGCUUAUUUCCCUCUUUGUAAAGCUCUUUCAUUUCUCUUUUAUGUGUGUUCUUUUCCAUCUUUUCUUCUUCUUUCAGUGAUAGAAGGGGGUGUCCCAAUUUCAGAAAAAGUUGCUCAGUUGGCAAUUGCAUAGAAAAUGCUUUGCGCAAACACCAUUCUCCUUAUUAUUAUGGCAAAUAUUGAGCAUCGACUCAGAUCGAUGUUAAUAUAAAUGUGUGGUAUUCUG